CGACCAUCUUCGCCCUCCUCCGUACUCGCCCUCCUUGCGCCGCACUGCAGCUACCGCGGCGCCCAGUUUUCUCUGCCCUCGUCGUGUGUCGUGCAGCCAUGCCGGCCUCGUCGGCAUCGGCCGGACCCUCGGCAGCGGCAGCGUCGGCUGCGCCGGUAGAGGCAGUAUGCACCUUCCGCGAUCUCUACGACAACCUCGAGUGCUCGCGACGGCACAUGACGCCCGAACAGCUCAAGACGGCGCUGCUGAAGCGCAUCGGCAAGCUGCGUGCAUGUGGAGAGCCCAGCGCGCGGCCGUCUGCCGAGGCUCGCAGCAAGCUCAGCAAGGGCAGUAUGUCGCUGCCAUACGCGCAGAAUAGCUCUGUCACAGUCGACGACUUCUCGCGCGAGCUUGCCCUCUCCAUCAGCGAGCGGCACGAGCUCGACGAGGUGGAGGCAUACUUGCUGCUGCGCGCCUUUCUCGAGGGCGAAGACGUGAGUCUCGAUCUGCUGUCGCGCGCAAGCCGCGAGAGCGGCAAGAAGAGUCGCGCAGGUUCCGGCGCACCGGCUGCCGGCUCUUCGAAGACAGCAUCCGCAGCCGGCAGCUCAGAGCUGCGCGCCGACCUGCUUGACGCCUUCAGCACUUUCUACUUCGAAGAGCGCCUCUAUGUGCUGCGCUGCGUCGCUGCUCUGCUGCGCAUCGCGGACGACGAGUAUCACGAGUUCCAUGCGCUGGCAGACAGCGUGCUCGUGGAGCUCAUCACGCCCGACUUUGGCUCGCGCUGCCUCCAAGGCUUCGUCGCUCUCACGGGGCGGAGCCUGCCCGAUCACAUCCGCCAGAAUCCUCGACACGCAGUCUUUUGGGCGCAGCAGGGCCUGCGCGAGCAGCUUCAUCUGUUGGAGACUAUCUCGCUGCUCUACUACGGACGCCUGCCGCCGACUGGCGCCUUUGUCGGCGACGUGCUGGAUGUGCUGCGGCGCACCGACUUUGGCAGGCAGCAGGCCAACGCUGGCUUCUUUGACAGCCAGGCAGCCGAGCUGCUGCAGUGCAUCACGCAUAUGCUCUCGCUCAUUGCAGUCGAGAGCCUCGACCUCGAGCGCGUCAUGGACGGCAUUGAGCUGGGUCCCUUGUCGUCGGACCAGAGCGAUGCGCCAGAUGGGGGCGCCAGCCAGUCGCUCUUUGCCGACCCGCGGCAGGUCUCCGCGGGCAUCGACUACCUGGAAGACUCGAGCGAGGACCCGCUCCGCUCGCCAAUCUUGCUUGCCUGGGCACUCGUGCUGCAGCGGCUCGACGUGGCACUGCGCGACUGGCACGCCGCACGCCCUGGCGAGCCACUGCCGCCACGACUGCGCGGCCUGGAGCUCGAGACGACGCCGGACGACCCAGCAGGCGGUCCGCUGUGGCAGCGCCUGGCCUCGGCUGCCUUCGACCCGUCGAUGCAGCUCUUCCGCACCAUGCACGCCAUUGUCACGUCGCCCGUGGUGUCGGCGUCCUCGACGUCGUCGGCCGUGUCGACGUCGAUUGCUUCAUCGCUUGCACACCGCGCAAUCUUCAAGGGACUGCUGCUGGCCGUCACCGAGGUCGUGCGUGCGCCCUUCGUGCCGGACCACGAGGGCCUGCUGCAGCUCUGGGAGGCGUUGUUCGGAGCUGGUGCUGCGCCCGAGGAAGGCGGCGGCAGCUCCGAUGGUCUGGCCGCGCUCUGCACGCAGUUCUGGCAGAGCGACUUCCAGCACGAGGACCGGCGCGCGUUCCUGGAGCUGGCCGCUCGCCGGUGGCCCGUCUCCUUCCGGCCGCUCGUGCGUCUGGCGACCGCCCUCACAGGCGCCUGUGGCAUCGAAUCGCUCCGCAAGCCAGGCACUGCUGCAUCUCCGAGCGUCGCACAAGCCUCUGCGAGCGUGUUUGAGUUCCUCGCCGAGCUGCCGGGCGUCGCGCAGGUGCUCCGUGCUCAGGCUGGAGGCGUCAGCGCAGCCUUCGAGACGCUCGACACCGGCGACUACUCCACCACGACAUACCGUGCCAAGCGCUCGAUCCCGUUUCUUGGCUGGCGGAGCAUUCCACAGGGCACGAUCGGUCGGGCCAUGUCCGAAGUGGACGCGGCGCCGAUAGUUGUGUGGGAGGCCACCGGGCCGAUCAGCGCAUGGCGCAUCCUGCAGGACGUGCUCGCGAGCUUCGUAGGCCUACUGACGGGGCCGGCCUCGCCAGACGGCAACACGUCCGGCGACGACGCAAAGGUCUUCUCUGGCGGCCCAGCCAACAUUCUGAGCUUCGCAGCUUUGGCGCCCGGAGAAGACCCUUCGCAGCACGGCGAGUGCGCUGCCGAUAUUCUGGACCUCUUCAGCGCCACAAUCGCCGGCAGUCCCGAGACGUGUGCCGCCCUCCUGUCGCAUCUCGACUCGUUCCCGAGAUACGAGGGGCUCGACUUGGACGAAAACGCGCCGCCAGUUGACCUCGUCGAGGUGACGAUGCGCAUCUUCAACCAAGCGCUCGACGCGCGGCCCGUUGCCUCUCGCCUGGUCGUCAGCUCGCUCAAGCUGCUCACGCUGCUUGUCCCUGCGCGUCCGUCGGAGAUCUUCGUGGCCUUGCGCUCGUCGAAUGUCCUGACUGGCGGCGUCGGUGCCCUGCCCUUCCUCUCCCGCGCGUCUACGUCGGAGCUCGACACGACGGGCAUCCCUCCAUCGACGCUCACGAUCCACGAUGUGGCGCAGGGCAGCUUCGCCGGCACGCUCGCCCUCAUCGACCUUCACCAGGCGCUCUUGCUUGAGAUGCAGCGCUCGCAGUUCGCCAUCCCGGCAGAGCUGCUGCGCAUCAAGGGCGACGUGCUCCUGCGUGCCACGAGCUGGAUCGUAGAGGUCGUCUGGACCGAGUUCCAGAGCUGGCGCUACGUGCGGACUCGCGAGCAGAUCGAGCUCGGCAGGCGAUGCAUGCGCUUCUUCGAGAGCGUGCUCCGCGACCAGAGCAUGCGCGCAGCCCAGGUCGAACCCACGAGCGCUCUCGAGCGCGCUCUGGUCACCCACGCGACGCCACAGUACUUGGCGCCCCUCGUCGCGGUGCUGGGCACCGGGCAGCAAGUCAUCACGCAGCUCUACCGUCACGUCCGACACCUCGAGGCAGAGGCCGCCGAGAGCCUCGUCGAGGCGAGCUUGCGUCUCGCCUCUCUGAUCGUGCAGCGCCGCCGCCAGAUUCACGCCGUCCGGCCCAGCUCGCAGUCUGCUCACCUGGGCUUGCUAGAGCUGCUCUUCUUCGACCACGCCGUCGUCGCUACGCGCCCGAUGCUGGGCCGCCGCGCUGCGCGCAUCGAGCUUGCCAGCGCCGUGCUGGCCUACACUCUCUUCCCGUAUUCGAGCAGCCUGAGCAGCGAGGCUGCGCGACUGAUCAGCGCCAUCUGUCGCUCGACGGUCGAGGUCUCGGCGCCUGGACUGAGCCGAAAUGCCGGACCGUCCACAGGCAUUCCGACUCUGGUCGGCCACCUCGGCUCGUCGGCCGAGCUCGAGUCGACGGUCACCGGACUCAUCAGCCUUGUCGAAAGCGACUCCGUCGACGCCGACCUGCGCACGACGCUCUGGACCAUGCUCGCCAGCAUUGUCGACUCGCAGCCAACACUAGCGACACUGCUACUCACCGGACGGCAUCUGGACUCGGAUGCCGAGCACACGCUUGCUGCAACGAAGGGCAACGCCGCCGGCGACAACAAGGAGGGCAAGAAGAGCGAGCCGGCGCUCGGCAGGACAGCGCUACAGGCCGCCCUGGACGUGCUCGACCACUGGGACGAGUACUGGACAGAGGCCCCUGCGCUGCUCGAGUCCGCGCUGCGCUUCCUCGAUGUCGCGUGGCAACAUGCUCUUGAGCACCGUGCUCUGUUCGCAACGCUGCGCAGCCGCAAGGACGUCUGGAAGAACCUCUUCGAGAUCUCCACGAACGGCGUCAUCGAGCCCCCGCCGCGGCCGUCGCGCCUUGUCGAGGUCAUCGAUGGCGUGCUGCAGACCGACGUCCACGACGAGGCCGCAAGCUACGCUUUCCGCACGAUGAGCAGAGCACGAGCACUCGGCAUCGCCGCGCGCGACGUACAGCUCGAUUUCCUGUCGGCAAAGGGCAAAGACCGCGCACAAGACAGCGCCGCAAGCGCCAGCCUCGAGGCACUCAUCGGCGUGCUGAAGGUAUCUAAGCGGCUCGUGCCGAUCCUCGUCAAGGUCCUGCAGUUCGAAUGCGACCCAGCGCUGCACAGCGACGUCGAGUCGAGCAUGUCGCUUGCGUUUCCCGCAGUGCCGAUUGAUGCCUUGCGCAUCCCAGCUCGCCUGGACGACUUCGACUUCUCGCGCCAGCCCGGCGACAGCUACGUGUAUGAUGUCGAGCUGCUGCGGCGCAAGCUUGAGGCCUUCAUUGCGCCGACACAUCUCGACGGCGACGGAAGCAUGACGGAGGAGGGCAUCGACGACCUUGGCGUGCAGCAAGCGUCGGUGCUCCUCGCCGGUCUGAACCUCGACUGGACUGCCAUCGAUGCCCAGGCCGCUCUGCUGCGCGCUUGGCGAUCGCUCCUCGAGACGGCACUUGGACGCAUCGGUGCAUCCGUGCACGGCACGCCCGGCGCUCAGGAGCUCCGCCAGAGCUGUCUCGACGCCUGGAUCCACGGCGCCAUGAUCACUGCGGACGAGACGCGCUCGGGCGAUGUCAUGCGUGGCAUUCACGCCGAGCGCCUGCGCCUCUUGACGGUAUUGCUUGAGGCGGCGUGGGGCUCGUCGACGGAUGCCACGCCGGCGCUUGGCAAGACCAACGCGGCGGUCGGCUCAUCGAAGGACGUUCAGGCGGUGGUCAACCUCGCGCAACGUAUCCUUACGCACGAAGGCUUCAGCCUCGAGGACAGCGUGCGCGAGACGCGGGCGCCGCGCUUCCACGGCGAGCUCUUCCGCAUCAUCCUGCUCUGCGGCCGCCGCUCUCGCGUGAUGCUGAAGAGCGGCGCAGGAGCAUCGAACGCACCACGGCCGCGCAACUCCGAGGCACACAGCGUGCUGCAUGCUGCUGUCGACUCCUUCGCCUCGCAUGCGAUCAUGGCACUGCGACUGCUCGUCGACAAGGCGCUGCUGGCGAGCGCGACGCCUGCGACCGUCACCCUACGUGCUCUGAACGAGCUUGAAGAGGACCUCACGCUCGUCAGCAGCGUGCUUGAGCUGCUCUUGCGGUCUGAUCUCGGGCUGCAGCCGCACUUCUGGUCUGCAAGGUUUCAGACGACAGGCCUCCUGCCGGCAUGCGUCGACCUGCUCAGCCGUGCGCCGCUUGCGUCCGACGUCGCUGCACUUCGCGACAGCGACAGCCCGCUCGCCACACCUGCGACAUCGCGGCCGCUCUUCGUGUCGUCCAUCCUCAGCCUUUUCUUCGCAUUGGCGUCGAACGUGUCUGCUGCCGAGCAGCUCAUCCUCGCGGGCGUCAUGACUGGCCUCAGCUCGAAUGCCCUGACGACAGCCCUCGAGACCGGUGCCACGCGGCCAACGCUGCCCGCCGGCGGCGUCAACCCAGGCCACGCGUGCUGGGUGCUCAUUCUGCAGAUCGUCGCCGCGCUCGUGCAGAGCCUCACCAGCCCGGAUAGGCUCUCGCGCGGCGCCGUCGCAGCAAACAGGACAUUCGUUGAGGUCGAGGUGCAAGGCUUCGUGCGCGUCUACGGCGCUCAAGUGCUCGCCGCGCUCAGCUUCGCGCCUCUGGACUCCUCACAGCGCGACUUUGGCUGGCGCGAGCGCUCGCAGGCAGAGGGCCCAAGCAUCUCCUCGCCACAGCUGAGCGAGCUUGUCGUCCUCACGCAGCUCUUCUACUGCAUGGCGCAGUCCGCCGACCUCACUGGGCAGCGCUCAUCGCGUUCGCGCGGCAGCGACGCGAGUGGUACGGCCCGGAUCUUGAACACGCUAGCCAAGCGCACCACGAGUCUGCUGCAGCAGAUCGUGUACCUGCUCCAGCGCCCGCGAGAGCUCGCCAGCUUGAUCUCCGGCGCCUCGUCCGGCGACGAUGCGUCUUCGAGGGUGCCCGAGGCGGAAGCUGCUCUGUUCAAGCGCGAAGAGGAGCAAGUCACUGAGCAGAUGCGGCAAAUCGCACAUACCGCCGUGGCAGCCCUGUGCACCUGGAGCGGCGCGCUUGACGUGCUCAUCGAUGAUGCGGACGACUGGCCGAUGGACAAGGUACUCGUUGCACCUACUAUCCGCACUGCGCCGACGGCGCCGACCUCCAUCGGCACACUGCUCGAUCUCAGCACGUACUUCUGCGACGAGGUGCGCGCACCCAGUGCGACCCAAGAGCGGAGACUCGCCUCGGCGGCAGCGCUGGAGCAGACGCUGCUCUUUGCCGCUGCCCAGCUGGCGAUGCGCAUGCGCGGCGAGUCGCGCGAGCUCGAGGUGGGCCUCGUGCGCGACCUCAGCAGCGCCGUAGACUCGGGCAAGGCUGCCGCUGCGUCUGCUGCCGCGAGCGAGGAGGGCAGCAUCCUCCACGCUGUUCGCGGCUUCGUGCAGCGCAUCGCGACGUAGCCCUUAAUCUAAAGCAAAAAUGAAAUCGG